AUGGACCAAGGAAAUAACUCAAGAGUGACUGCGUUUGUGUUGCACAGUCUUUCAGGUCCUCAAGAGCUACAACUUUUCUACUUUGCAUUUUUCACACUUUUCUAUUCAUCCAUUGUGCUGGGAAACCUCCUCAUUGUGCUCACAGUCCUCUCUGAACCUGCACUACACACACCCAUGUACUUCCUGCUCAGUAAUGUCUCCUUCAUCAAUGUGUGUCUAUCCACCUUUGCCACUCCCAAAAUGAUUGUUGACUUCCUCAAGGAGCACAGGACCAUCUCCUUUGAGGGCUGCAUGGCCCAGGUAUUCUUUCAGCAUAUCUUUGCCGGUAGUGAAAUGAUGCUCCUUGUGGCCAUGGCAUAUGACAGAUAUGUAGCCAUAUGUCAACCCCUGCGCUAUGCAGCCAUCAUGCGUGUACGCAAGUGUACAGGCCUUGUUGUGGGCUCCUGGCUCACUGGGGUCCUGCACUCAGUAAGCCAGUUGGUCUUCACAGUAAACCUUCCAUUCUGUGGUCCAAAUAAAGUGGACAGCUUUUUCUGUGACCUUCCUUUAGUCAUCAAACUUACCUGUACUGACACCUAUAUCUUUGAGAAACUGAUGUUUUUAGGCAGUGGUCUAAUAGCUAUGAGCUCUUUUGUGCUCUCGCUCAUCUCCUACACGGUCAUCCUGGUCACCGUGAGACGUCGAUCCUCAGCAGGCAUGCCAAGGCCCGGGCCACCCUGA